AGUUUAACGUAAAUCAUCCAGAUAUUCGCGUGCUCAUGGAUUUUCUUUUAAUUAAAGUUAUAUGGCUUUGUUUGAGACGUAGUUUUUAAAACCCAUGUUGUGCAUAUUUGCGAACAUCUUCAGUUAGAACUGUGAGAGGUAAAGCCAAACGGCGAGCCGUCCAUUCGCCGCCGUUUAAAUUUCCCGCUGCGCUGAGCGCCUCAGUCUGCAGCUCUUUACUCAGCCAGUCUGAUCUGUUUAUACAAAGCGGUUCUCCACCGGUAAUCACUCGCAAGAUCUGUCUCACCUCGCGUCUGGCAGACUGACAGAUUUUAUUUGCUGCAAAAUGCAGACGACGGAUAUAGGAAAUAAGGAGGACGGGAAAAUCUGGCAUCGAAAACCUGCACCUUCGCCAAGUAAUAACGGAGUGAUGGUGACCAUAAUCCAGAGUGCCACCGCUUACCAUUCGAGAACAGUGCGGUUCCUGCAGGUGGCUUUCGAUGCUACGGGAGAGGCCUUUCUGGCUGGUGAUCACCACGGAAACAUCUAUGUUUUCGAUAUUGGGAGAAACAGGUUUAAACUCAUUCAAAAAACAGGACAAGCAUGCACAGCCAUGGCCUUUAAUUUGCGCAGGACGACAGAGUAUUUGGUCGCCCUGGCUGAUUACUCCAUCAAGUGCUUUGAUAAAGACACGAGGCAGCUGGUGAGCUGGAUGAGGGGCCACGACGGCGCGGUGUCCUCCAUGUCGGUGCACGGCUCCGGCCGCUACGCUGUCACCACCUCGGCCGACGCGGCUCAGCUCUGGGACCUGGACACCUUCCAGAGGAAGCGGAAGCUGAACGUUCGCCAGGCCGUGGGCAUCCGGAAGGUUUUCUUCCUGCCUCGGAGUAACACAAUCCUUAGCUGCUUUAGUGACGACACCAUCUUCGCCUGGGAGAGUGACACGCUGUACUGUAAAUACCAGCUACCCACGCCAGGGGAGGGGCCCAAGAUGGGCUAUAGAGCAUUUGCGGUCACACGGGAUGGGCGGAUUCUAGCGGCCGGUGGCCGCUCCAGCCUCCUCCACCUGUGGUGUCUGGACAGCCAGCAGCUCCUCAGGGCCGUUCAGAUGCCCUCCCAGGUCAGGACCGUGCGGCACCUGGAGUUCCUGCCUGACAGCUUCGACGGUGGUUCCAGCCAAGUGCUGGGAGUUUUGAGCCAAGAUGGCAUCAUGCGGUUCGUCAACAUCCAUAGCUGCAAGCUCCUCUUUGAAGUGUGUAGCCAUGACGAUGGCAUUGCCUCCGCAGCCAUCAGCCCAAGUGGCCGCCACCUCGUGACCAUCAUGGCGAGCGGGGCGCUAAACAUCUACAGCGUCCAGGCCCUGACACGGGACAUCAAUAGGCCCCCGGCCCCCCUGGUGAAAGUGGUGACCACCCCAGGCCAGGCAGACAGCUCCAGCAUGACGGCGCGGGUCCCAAGCAAGUCCGUCUGGCGGCCCACCAGAACAUCUGGACGUAAGGUCCAGACUCGGGCCUCCAAACCACCAGUCACCUCCCUACCAGAGGACAAAGAGAAUGAAAUGCCAGACCCACUGAAUAAGAAGAGACUCCGGGCUUUGCUGAAGACAUUUGGGGAAUACCCUGCCAGAUACAGGAUGUUCAUCUGGCGCUCCCUCCUGCGUCUGCCAGAGAACUGCCCGUCCUUCAGCAGCCUGACGGACAAGGGGCAGCACUCGGCCUUCGUGAGCCUGCAGGAGCGCUACCCCGUGAAGAGUGCCAGGCUGCAGCGUGGCCUGCAGAGGGUCCUCUCUGCCCUCGCCCACUGGUCGGCCAUCUUUGGGGAGACCGAAUACCUUCCCCUACUGGCGUUUCCCUUUGUCAAACUGUUCCAGAACAACCCCCUCGUCUGCUUCGAGGUGAUCGCCACAGUCAUAGUGAACUGGUGCCAGCACUGGUUUGAGUACUUCCCCAACCCUCCUCUGAACGUCCUCAGCAUGGUGGAGAACGUCCUGGCUCAUCACGACAAGGAGCUACUCCAGCAUCUGGUCCACUGUGGUGUCACAUCUCAGCUGUACGCUUGGCCUCUCCUGGAAACCCUCUUCUCUGAGGUGCUGACGCGAGAUGAGUGGCUGAAGCUGUUCGAUAACGUUUUCUCCAACCACCCUGCCUUCUUGCUGCUCGUCGUGGCAUCGUACGUGACGUGCAGCCGCGUGCCGCUGCUGCUCUGCACCCGCAGGGAAGACUUCCAGUAUUUCUUCCAUCACCGAAACAACCUGGACAUGGGCGCCGUGAUCAGGGAGGCCUACCAGCUGAUGGAGAGCACCCCUGAGGAGAUCCAUCCCCAAAACCUGCUGGCUGACUUCGAACCCCUGACCCAGGGCCAGUAUCCCAUCUUCAACAAGUACCCCACCUUUGUCGUGGAGUACCGGACACAGGAGCGCGAGAGGAUACGUCAACAAGAGCUGGAGUACCUGAGAGAAAGGCAGGCUCUGCAGGAGCUGAGGGCGGAGGCGGUACGUAGGCGGGCGGAGGACGAGGCGUGGCACGCGCAGCAGGAGCUGCUCCGGGAGGAGGAGGAGCGGCGCAGGAGGACGCUACGCGGGGAGGAAGAGCGGCUGGCCGAGCAGCGCCGCAGGUUGGCCGCCAUGAAGCGGGAGCUGAAGGCGAAGGAGCUCCAUCUGCUGGACACGGCCAGGAGGCGCUUCCUCCACCAGCAGCAGGAGCAGAAGAGGGCGGAGCUGCGGAGGCUGGACGAGGAGAUCGGGAGGAAGGCGUCCCUGAGGGUGCAGGAGACCGCGGCUGCGGUGCAGGAUGUCGAAGUGCGUCAGAUGGAGCUGCAGGCCCAGAGGAGGCUCUUCGAGCAGCAAUUGGCCAAAGAGCAGGAGAGAGUGACGCAGGAGGUGAGGGCAGAGGCGGUUGCUUGGCAACGCCACGCGGAGGAGGAGGACGAGUCCGCCUACCGGCGGCUGCUGGAGGAGGACCCCAACUGCGGCCUGGGCCUCAGGAAGGCGCUGGAGGAGUCCCUGGCAGAGGCGGAGCAGCUGCAGGCGGGGGCUGAGCUGAGGGCAGAGGUGCUGGGCCGCCUGGAGCAGGUCAAUGGAGAGCGGGGGAGGGACCGGCGCUGGAUGGCCGCUAGGAGUGGAGAGGCAGACGCCUCAGAAGAGCAGCUGAUUGAGGCCAUGAAGAAGAUGGAGAGCAGGAAGUGGGAGGAGGUAGAGAGGAGGAUUCAGCAGGAGGAUGAGGCCCAGGCUGGGAGACGGACGCUGGCAAUGCGGAGCCAGAGGGAGCGACGGUGUGGGGAUGAGGGCCAGUCACUCGACGUGUGCUGGUCUCCCUGCUCACCCAGACGACACGAAGCAGCCCCCCAGCAUCGGGGGCCCGAUGCCAUCCGCCUGAGCGACCGGUCCUCCACAGACGAGUCUGUGCUCACAGACAGCAAUAACACGCCCCUCAGUUUAGCGCAAAUAUAUAGUAAUAUAUAAGCAUUAGAGCACCAUGUAUUUGAAGUAAGUGGGGGCAGCGUGUGGCUCAGUGGGCUAAGCCUCUGUGCCUGCGAUCACAAGGUCGCCGGUUCGAGUCUGGCCUGCCCUGCCUUCUGCCCUUCCUGGUCAGCUUGCUCUACAUCUAGGGAGAGCAAACUGGGGGAGGCGUAAAGAGAAUUUCCCCACAGAGAUCAAUAAAGUACUUAUUAUUAUUAUUAUUACUACAUAUAAUGGUGGGAGAAGCCUUACUAGUAUGAGAUCUUAAGCUAAAUAUAUAUGGCAGAUGACCUUUAAUCCCACCUAAGAGGGGUAUCACACCUCUGUUGCUAAGAAAGGCUUUGGCUCCCAGAGGGCUGAGCUAUCCUGUGCUGCCGGUCACAACACUGGCUGGACCAAGGUAGCCUGUGUCUGUCUGCUCCAGGGUCCUACAAACUAUGGUAUUAAAGCAUCGCUUUCUGUUAAGUAACAUCGUAGCACGGCUGACCUGGCGCCGCCGGUUCCGUUUGGCCCAGUCUCUCUCGACAGGUGCCGGGCCGAGCUGGACUGCAGGGAGCGGGAGCUGAUGCGGGACGUGCAAGAGCUGCGCCGAAAGCUGUCCGCCCGCGCCAGAGCAAACGCGGGAACCCCGUCCCUGUGAAGGCAGCCCACGCCAAC